AACCCGACUCAGCCCCUGUCGCUCGUUUCAACCCACCCACCACCAACAACCCCAUCGUUUCCUCCGUGUUACGGGACCAUUCCCUCUCAUCCGAUAAGUAUUUAAUUCGCUGCCCGAAUUUUACAUUAAGAAUACCUACGGCCUAGAAUAACCUCGUGAUCAUAAUGAAUUCCAAUCAACUCCUCCUAUCUCUCAAAUCCUGGCCGGAAGACGACCCAGAGCUGAAGUCGGUUUCGUCACUGAUAAAACGCAUACAAGAUCAGCGUGGGCACUUCCGAGACGUCAACGAGAGCAUUCUGAGAAGCGAAAUUGAGGAGGGGAGGGAGGUCGACGCCUUGUUCGGUAAUUCUCCGGUGGAGGAGAACGAGGAAGGCGCUAGCAAUUCUGUCCUAGCAGCAGGAGAGGAGCUCGACAGGGUGACACAGCUAAAGAAGGCAAAAGAGGAGAUGUCGGAACUAGUUGGGUAUGGGCUACGAUUAGUCGGUUCCAUUUAUUGGGGGUUGCUAAUUGGAUGAGAUACUGGUGGAUAGAUACGCACUGAACGAUGCGCUCUUUGGUCUCGACUAUGUUUCCCUCUUGGUGUCACUGCACAGUCCCGAAGCCGGCUCUUUAAGCAUGUCCCCGGUGCUUAAGAGAUCCGUACCAGUCGGGAGCCUCGGUUUUGAUAAAGUCCAGCGCAAGGCAGACCCUAAGUCCGUUAAAGAAGACCUAGCUAUCUCCCACGCAUGGAAGGUUGAGGGUCUGAAUUCUGCUGCUGACACACUUAUGGGCGCCUCCAAGGGGCUUGGCGACGAGGUGGAGAAGGAAGCACGAUACUGGGAGCAUAUACUGGCCAUUCGAGAAGAUGGUUGGGUGGUAACACGGAUGCCCGGCGAGCGGGGAACACUGAGUGUGAGGUUCGGAUUCGCGGAGUCGGCAGCAGAGUACAAAAGCAAGGGUGUGGGAGCUUUGAGGCGUGGGGAGGAUGGCAAUGUGGUUAUGGACGAUGUGGCUACCACUGGCUCACAUGGCAAGGCUAUGCUCCGAGUCCGUGUCCUCGAGAAUGGAGAGGUGAAAGGAUCUAGUGUGCAGAGUGGGAAUAAACGCUCUGGGUCGGUUAAGGAUAUGAUUCAGCGGGCUAGGAACUUUAUCUACGAGGAUGAGCUCUUCUUUGAGAUCGCGAGGGAAGCUAGGCUUAUGGCGAACUUAGGUGUACGAACAAGUGAGGAUGCGGUUACAAUUGACCUGGGGGGAGGUAGGAGUAUAGCAAUUGAUAUGGUGAGGGGUUUCCGUUUUUUAUGUGCGCCCGGGUUUCUAGAGCUAACGGCUUAGUAGGCACCUUUGGACGAUGGCGAUGUGGUUCUAGAUAUACACAAUCCUGACAGCAACCUCGCGCAAGGCGUCGUCAUGGCAUUCCGUAUCCUCCUAUCAUACAAUCACAGGAUGAGCCUAAGGAAGCGCAGCAAGCCGCCACCGCCUCUAACCCAGCGUAGAGUAGUCUUUCCUGCUCUCCGCAUGGUCACACCGAUCACUACACACCUCUUACAUCACCAGCAUCAGCUAAAUCUGCAGAACCUACUCAGGCACCUAAUUAAAGUUGUUAAAUCCGCUGGGAUGAUCGCGGCCUUCGUGACAAAGCCCCGCCACAACUGUCUCAAGCCCGUAAUCAAGAACGUAGAAACCGCUGUGGAGGCCUUCCUGGAGAGGAUCGAGAGCGAGGCUACAGUAAAGCUCCCUGGCGGUUGGAAGGUCGAGAUCAACAUGAGGACCACCCUUAGCCAUCCACUAUACGGUACUGGAUACAUCAUUGGCACAUCCCACGAUGGAGUUUCGGCGCGGCUGAUGGGCGAAAAUAUAUUCACCUCGUCUAAGGAGAUGGAGAUGUACCUUUUCUGGUGUCUGGAGCGGAGUAUCGUCAAUGAGGUCAGGUACACCAAUGACAAGUGGGAGCAGAUAGCACAAUCUAACGAGAUGUGGUCUAUCGAUAAAUCUACUCGGCGGAUAAGAAUUUCUGUGGAUAGGACUGGGUUAUCGAUUAUCACGGGAACUACCGGCGGGAAGGAUAAUAGGGUGGUGUGGGAUGGGAGCGAUAUGGGUAGAACCUUGCAGGAUCUAUUAAAUCAUCCCGAAUGGUAGGAGAGGAAGGGGGCCAAGGGAAAUGUGUUCCUUGAUAUGCAUGUCUUGUAUUUUUUGUACAUUAAACUAAUGAACACUAAAGGAGAUGGGUGCUUCUGC